AUGAGCGCCGCCGCCCAGGCACCGGAGCCCGACCCGCAGGAGGGGGGCCCCGGGCAUGGCCCCGGCGCGGCCCGGGAGGGCAGCCCUCAGGAGGAGUUUGACUUCUCCAUCCUCUUCGACUACGACUACCUGAAGCCGAUUGAAGAAGAACCGACUCCACAUAAAACCAACAGCCCACCCUCUGGAGUUACAUACGCUCAUGAUGUCUUGGACUGUGGCCUCAAGCCAUGCCCCCUGCCUUUUUCUAGCCUUUCUGCAGAUCCCAUGGGCAGAUAUGGACAGCCAGAUAGCAUAGGGACAACACCUACACACCCUGCCAACGCUGCAGGGGCCUCUGCUCCGAGCCCUAGGAUUGAAAUUACUCCAUAUCAUGAACUGAUUCAUUCAGGGGGUCCCUUCCGCAGCAGAGACACAGAUGUUCUUUUGGUAGAACAUCAGUCAAACUCAGCUACCACUAGCCCAAGGGUUACCCUGCCUGUCCCUGGCUUUGAGGGCUACAGAGAACCACUGUGUUUGAGCCCAGCUAGUAGCGGCUCCUCUGCAAGUUUCAUUUCAGAGACAAAUGUAUCUCCUUGCACAUCACCAUGUGUUUCACCAAAUAAUGGUCCUAGUGAUGACCUUUGUCCACAGUUUCAAAACAUCCAUACUCAUUAUUCUCCUAGAACCUCUCCAAUAAUGUCACCACGAACAAGCAUCACGGAGGAAACCUGCUUGGGACGACAUUCACCAUCACCCUGUCCCAACUCAAGGUCUUCAUCACCAGGUGCAAAACGGAGGUACUCUUGCACUGAGCUCUACAGUACUCAGCUGCCUUCCACUUCUCCACGACAGUCAAGGACCCCCUCUCCACAAUCCUCUCCUCGCAUCCCCUUGAGAGAAGACAACUCUUCAGUUACUUACACGCAGUUGCCCAGCGCCUCUCUUUCCAUGGAUGCUAUGAACAGCCUUCCUACGGAUCCUUCCUGUGGUGUUCCCACAAAAAUUUGGAAAACCAGCCCUGAUCCUUCAUCAAUGCCUUCCCACAAAAACAGCAUUCCGUGUCACGUCUUUCAGACUGUUGACUUCCACGGGCCUUGUGAGCAGGAGGACAGGAGAAACUCAGCCCCAGAAUCAAUUUUGUUGGUACCUCCAUCCUGGACAAAGCAACUGGUGCCUGCAAUACCUAUCUGCAGUUUGCCCGUCCAGUCGCUCCCACCCCUCGAGUGGCCGCUCUCCAGCCAGUCUGGAUCCUACGAGCUGCGGAUCGAGGUACAGCCGAAGCCCCACCACCGGGCGCACUACGAGACCGAGGGAAGCCGAGGGGCUGUCAAGGCGCCGACCGGAGGCCACCCCGUCGUCCAGCUUCAUGGUUACAUGGAGAACAAACCCUUGGGUCUUCAGAUCUUCAUUGGGACAGCAGACGAACGGAUACUUAAACCUCACGCUUUCUAUCAAGUCCAUCGCAUUACAGGAAAAACUGUCACCACCACCAGCUAUGAAAAAAUCAUUGGCAACACCAAAGUUUUAGAGAUCCCACUGGAACCCAAAAACAACAUGAAAGCAACCAUUGACUGCGCGGGGAUUUUGAAGCUGAGGAACGCAGACAUUGAGCUGCGCAAGGGAGAGACGGACAUUGGCAGGAAGAACACCCGCGUCCGACUUGUCUUCCGCGUGCACAUCCCCGAGUCCAACGGCAGGAUCAUUUCUCUGCAAGCAGCUUCGAACCCCAUCGAAUGCUCCCAAAGGUCUGCUCAUGAACUUCCAAUGGUUGAAAGACAAGAUAUUGAUAGCUGCCUCGUUUAUGGAGGACAACAGAUGAUCCUGACUGGACAAAAUUUCACAGCAGAGUCCAAGGUGGUGUUCACAGAGAAAACAUCAGAUGGGCAGCAGAUCUGGGAGAUGGAGGCAACAGUGGACAAAGAUAAGAGCCAGCCUAGCAUGCUUUUUGUAGAAGUACCAGAGUACCGUAACAAGCACAUUCGCACAGCUGUGAAGGUGAAUUUUUACGUCAUCAAUGGGAAAAGAAAAAGAAGCCAACCCCAGCAUUUUACCUAUCACCCAGUACCAUCAAUCAAAACAGAGCCCGUUGAUGACUAUGAUCCAGCCUUAAUCUGCAAUACAGUACACAGUGGUCUGGGAACAGUAACACAGCCUUACUAUUCACAGCAUACAAUGGUCACCGAAUCCCCUUCCUGUCUUGUGGCCACUAUGGCUCCUUGCCAGCAGUUGCGCUCAGGCCUUUCUUCUCCUGAUUCUCGAUACCAUCAGCAGAAUCCAGCCGCUGUAAUAUACCAAAGAAGCAAGAGCCUUAGCCCGAGCCAACUGGGCUACCAGCAAUCCAAUUUGAUGGCUACACCGGUCGCUAUUUCAGAUGCCCAUAGGUCAGUGCUGGUGCACGCUGGUUCUCCAGGCCAAACUUCAGCGGUGCUCCACCACUCUCCAGGCAACCAGCAGUCUUCUCCAGUGAUUCACUAUUCUCCAACCAACCAGCAGCUGAGGUGUGGAAGUCACCAAGAAUUUCAGCACAUCAUGUGCUGUGAAAAUUUUACGUCCAAUGUUGCAAGAUCCAGCCAGCCCCAGGUCAGUCAAGCACAAAGGUUAAGUCCGAGUUCAUAUCCUACCGUGAUUCAGCAGCAGACAGCCUCAGGCCAGCGAGCAGCAAAAAAUGGACCACCGGUUAGCGACCAGAAAGAAGUGUUACCAGCUGGAGUCACUAUUAAACAGGAACAGAAUCUGGACCAAGCAUAUCUGGAUGACGAGCUGAUAGAUACACACCUUAGCUGGAUACAAAACAUUAUAUGAAAAAGAAUGACUGUGAUCUUUGAUCCAAGCAAUCAAAAAGAAAGUUAACGAAAUUAUCAGGAAGGAAUUUUCUGGACUCCCUGCCAGAAAUCAGACAUAGAAGAAGAGAUUUGUGAGACAACUUUUACCGAAUCCUUCCAUAACUGACCUCUUAGAUCCUUCCAAUGCCCCUGCAACCUCCUGCUUCCUUAACUGUUCAUCUCAAGGCACCAAUUCAAUGCAAGGAACAAUGUAUUGGCAUCAAGCUGACAGCCUUGACUAAGCAACUCGCCACCUCUCUCUGUAAACAUCGAGAAGGACACCCUUCCUUUCGUCCAGAGAUUGUAUUGUUCUCAUAUAACAGAGCAUCUGUCUGAGGAAACUCUUCAAGCCUGCUGCAAAAUAUCUAUCUAUGUAUCGAUCUAUCUUAGUAAUAAGGGAGAAGUGAUAUGUCACUCCUGAACACCGCACAAAGCAAGGGAGGUUAU